UCAAUUCGUUAGAUAUAAAAGCAAAGAAAGAAAGAAGUGAAAAAGAGUCGUCAUCAACUCGAGAGGAAGAAACCGCUGUGUGAUGUGGUUCCGAUCACAUGGCUUCUUCUUCUCCUCCUCCUCCGUCACAAUCUUAUUCUUCUGCAACUCCUUCCUAUCAAUUCAUCACUCAUCUUCCCAUUGCUCCUUCUUCUCCCAGUGAGAAGGUUGAAGAGGAGGAACCGCGAGUUCCGAUUCAUGUUGUGACGAAAGCGUCGCAACUACCUGUGGAUUUUCUCGAACCUUCGCCGCACUCGAAAAUCGUUAUUGGUUUUGAUUGUGAAGCUGUUGACUUGUGUCGCGAUGGAGCUCUUUGCAUAAUCCAGCUUGCUUUUCCUGAUGCUAUAUACCUGGUUGAUGCAAUUGAAGGGGGGAGUGUGCUUAUCGAAGCCUGUAAGCCUGCACUUGAGUCUGAUUAUGUCACAAAAGUGAUUCAUGAUUGCAAACGCGACAGUGAGGCAUUGUACUUUCAGUUCGGCAUCAAGUUAAACAAUGUGGUGGAUACCCAGAUUGCUUACUCACUUCUAGAAGAGCAAGAAGGACAAAGGCGGUUGCCAGAUGACUAUAUUUCACUUGUUGGUCUCCUAGCAGAUCCACGUUAUUGUGGCUUAUCAAAUGUUGACAAGGAAGAAGUCCGUGUCCUUCUUCGACAGGACCCCAAUUUUUGGACUUACAGACCUUUAUCUGAACAAAUGAUCCACUCUGCUGCUGAUGAUGUCCGUUUCCUUCUCUACAUUUAUCAUCAAAUGAUGGCAAAGUUAACUGAACGGUCCUUAUGGCUUCUUGCUGUUCGUGGUGCCUUGUACUGCCGGUGUUUCUGUGUGAACAAUAAUAAUUAUGCUGAUUGGCCAUCCCUACCUCCAAUUCCAGAUGAGCUGAAAGUUGAUGGAAAUGGUCCUGAGGAAGAAAUUCUUUCAGUUCUUGAUGUUCCCCCAGGAAAGAUGGGAUGCAUUAUUGGGAAAAAAGGGGCUUCAAUUAUGUCAAUUAAGGAGUCUUGCAAUGCGGAAAUUCUCAUUGGAGGUCCAAGGGGUCCAGCUGACAAGGUUUUCAUCAUUGGACCGGUGAAGCAGGUGAAGAAAGCUGAGGCGAUGUUAAGGGGUAGACUAUUGUAUAUCUGAUAGCCAAAACUCUUCUCUUUCAAUCAAAUUUCUGCAAUAAAUCAAAUUUCUGGGACUUCUGCCAAUGAUGAGUAAGGGGAUAGGAAUUGUUUAUACAUGAGAGUCCUUUUUCCCUACUUACAUCUGCUGGACACAAUGAAAAACCAAAUAAAAAAUAAAAAUUUGUCUUAUCAAAUGAACUGUUUCAUUUCUCUCGUUUGGGCAGGUCCAAUAUUUGAACUGGAAGAUGCGGUGCCAGCUUUUUCUCAUUGCUAUUUUGUGCCAUUUGUCGUAUAUGUAAAACAUAUUAAUAGACUUCUUCAAAUAGAGAAUAUACUGUUCGUUAGCUUUUAACUAGUAAUUUGAACUUAAAAAUUAAACAAAUA